UGAAGGAGGUACUCUUCGGAGCCAUCAGAGAUGAGGCUGCGCAACAGCAAAGUGCGUAUACGGAUAGAGAUAAUAAUUUGACGGAGGGCGCGGAUCAGCUUCCACCACAGCCUGAAGCCAAGCGUAGAAAAAUCGACGGAUGAAGAUGUUCUCAAUCGAUAAAGUACUAGAUGGUGUUGGUGAGUCGAUCAGGUGGUGCGAUAACUUCGUCCUGUGUCGUUCGUACAACGCCUUCGUUCUGAGGUUAGCAUAGAAAUUGGGUUAG